UAUUUGUUUAUGAUAGUUUUAAUGCAUAAUAAAGAUAUUUUGUUUUAUUUCUCGUUAUAUAAUCACUAGGUAGCCCAAUGGCAUCCUAACGACAUUGGGUGUCUUAGGCAGGGGCCUAAUUAUGUUAGGUGCAGAGGCCCUAUUGCUUGGUGCCUAACGCCUGAUCAAUAGUAUUUUUACAGCAAGUUCACUACUAUAAUCAUGAUAAUAUAUCGUGAUAUACUGGUAAUUUUUUUUAUGAAAACAUUGACUUGCACAUGCAGGUUAUUUGUUCGUUAAUUCUUUUCAACUGUGCCCUAUCGCAUCAUUUCAGGAAUAACCUGAUAAUGAAUGUGUUAGUGCUUCUGUCAAGUUUACCAAAACUGAAACCUCCAAGAAGUUUAACAUGUUUAACAUGUUUUAGUGUAUAUCUGUUCCUAAACUGUUUAACACUAAAUUUGGAUGAAUUUCAUUUAUAUAUUGAUCAGGAGACCCAGAAAUCAUCAGAAAAGUGAACAUGGCGAACAAGGUGAAAACAAAGCAAAUUAUCUUUCUUCAGCAUGUUCAGGCCCAUAUGAAAGGUAGGUAGUGGAAAUUGUAUUAAUAUAUAGAGUGAUCAUGGUGAUAUAUGCUUUUCUUGAUGAUGUUUAUGGUCACAUGUUUUAGCUGGUUUAUAAGUUUGCGCUUUUUUAUGCUUUGCAUCAAAUAUUAUUUGGCUUUGCGUUGUUGCAAGCAAGUAUUACCUAUGUGCAAAAAAUUAUAAGAGCUUACAUUGUUAUAUUUUUUUCAAUCAUAUAUUGCUACACUAUUCAAAUACUCAAAAUGUGCCAUAACUUAUCAAUGCUUCUGCUUUUGAAACUUGCAGGACAAAGUUAUGCUACAUAUUAAAUAAAGAAAACAAUUUAUUCCUACAUAUUCAAUAGAGAAAACAAUUUUUUCCUAUCAGUGAUUUGGAAGUGGAGCCAUUAGUUCCAGGGGUUUCAAUAGAGGAACUUAUCAAAAUGGCAUAUCAAAAUGAUAAUCCACUGGUCAGAAUAAAUGCUUUUUCACCAAGUUUGAUAGGCAAACAAUGUUAUUAAGAAUUGUUAUUAGUUACAUUUUCUCGAUGGAGUUGCAAAAACAACUCUGGUUAUUAUUAAAAAUUUUCCCCCCACUUGAUCAUUUACUUUUAUCAUGUUUAUAUAGGGCAUGGAAGAUAGGCAUUGCAAAUGUUAUUUAUAUUUUCAACUUUAAACUUGUUGCACAAUAGGCAUUAGAGCAUGCUUGUGAUUUUUAAAUUGUUUUCAAAUUUUGUAUCAUGUGCAUUGUGUUUGUUGAAACACUAACUAUUUAAAUUGCUAUCUAGUCACUACUGUAUCAUCCCUAAUGAGCGCCCUAGAUGAAUAGAAAUUUACAAAAAGGAGACUAUUAUAUGGGUUUUGUACGAAAAAUAUUUUCUCUGAUGUUUUUACUCAGGAAUGUUUGAAAAAAUUGGGUAUUUAGAAAACUCAUUAAUGAUUGUUUUACUUUCCUACAAACCUAACCCUUGAUUAUGAAUUGAAUCAAUUUUAUGGUCAAAUUUUAAAUGUCAAAAAGAUUGAACACAUGAUCUUCAGAAUUUUCAGUGGAUUAAAAAUUGAAAAGAAAUAUCAAAAUCAGAGAGGUAAUCAAUAUGCAAAAUUGAUCAUAAGUAAAAGCUUAAGGUAAUUUUAAUGAGCAAUGUUUAAUUUACUUUGCUUUAUGUACAUGUAUAUAAGCAUUCGAAUGAUUUUUCAGGACGAGCUGAAUAACAGUACUCAUGAUGAUGAUGGACGUGAUCAUGAUGGAGAAUUGGAACGUAGGACAAACCAGCAGCAGGGCACAGAGUUAUCUGUUGGUGCCUAUGUGGAAAUUUUGCAUGGCCAGGAAACCUUAAAAGCUGUGAUUGUAAGGCCAUCUUCACACCCAGUAGGAUACUGGGUGUGCUUUUUCAAAAAACCAACAACUAAGAAACCUUUGUUGAAACUGGAGGAGAAGGAGUUUUUUGUCUUUCCUAAUGAUCUAACCACAGAAAUCAAAGAACCCCGACUAGAGGCCUUUGGAAGCCGAAUAUAUUAUAAUUUUAGUGAUUAACCGUGUUAACUCUUUGAACAUGAUAUAUCCCCCCACUGUUCUCCCUAAAAACAAACUAACAGUUUAACACCCCCCUUUCCCCCUCCACCUACACAAGUGCAGUGCAUUAGUUUUCUUUAUAUUAGUUUGUAGUUUGAUAAAGUUUCAGAUAGAUGUAUGUUGUAAUAGAUUUAAUUGCAAUAUGCGAGUUUUAAGUGUGAAUACAUUACAGAGAUCAAGUUAACAGUUACAACAGUUACUAUUAAAAUUGAAACUGCUUUGUAAAUCUUAUUUGGAAUACCUGUUGAACUGAUUUACCUAUUUGUAUGAAGGGUUUUUUUUUUUACACUUAAUAUGUAUAACAAAGCGAUACUGUUGUGAAAUGCUGUUCCUAUUGUGAACAUGGUGAAGUUAUGAUCUGUAGCUGUUCACAGAUUUUGAUGCCUUUAUUUAGUACAGUUGACUGAAUGUCUUUUGUUCAGUAUGUUAGUAAAUGUACAUGUAACUUGCUGUAAAAUUUGAUCUUUAAAAACAA